CAAGAACACUGUUAAACAUAAAUUCUCAUUUUUGUUUUAUUACAGUUAUUUGUGAAUGAAUUUGGCUGAAUAUGGAUCCAGGUGGUGGAAGUCUUGGAUUGCAAACACAGGAGUCCAAAAUGCCUCACACUAUGAUCAUGCAAGAUUUUGUGGCUGGAAUGGCUGGCACUGCUCACAUCGAUGGAGACCACAUAGUUGUGUCAGUCCCCGAAGCUGUCCUGGUGUCUGACGUGGUCACAGAUGAUGGGAUAACCCUGGAUCACGGCUUGGCAGCUGAGGUGGUGCAGGGCCCCGACAUCAUCACCGAGACAGACGUCGUCACCGAGGGCGUCAUCGUCCCCGACUCCGUGCUGGAGGCUGACGUGGCCAUCGAGGAGGCUUUGGACACCAGUGACCACGUGUUGACUUCUGACCUGAUCACAGAAACCGUGCGAGUUCCCGACCAGGUGUUUGUGGCUGACCUUGUCACGGGCCCGGAGGGACACUUGGAGCACGUGGUGCAGGACGCCGGGGCCGGCGCCCAGUCUCCCACCAUGGUGUCAGAAGAGGUGCUGGUGACCAACUCGGAUUCAGAAGCUGUGAUCCAGGCAGCUGGCACUGUCCCUGGCUCCACUGUCACCAUCAAAACCGAGGACGAUGAUGAUGGCAAGAGCACAUCUGAGGACUACCUGAUGAUCUCUUUGGAUGAUGUUGGAGAGAAAUUGGACCAUAUAGGAAGCACUCCCUUGAAGAUCAGUACCGAGGUGGCAAAUGAUGAUGUUGCUAAAGAUGAUGGCUUUGGUUCAGAAGUUAUCAAAGUCUACAUAUUUAAAGCUGAAGCUGAAGAUGAUGUUGAGAUAGGUGGGACAGAAAUUGUCACUGAGAGUGACUUUCACAAUGGCCAUUCUGUAGCUGGAGUCAUUGAACAAGGAGGUGUUGGGAGAAUGCAGAGAGAAAAAAUGGUUUACAUGGCUGUUAAAGACUCUUCUCAGGAAGAUGAAGAUAUUAGCUGUGCUGAAAUAGCAGAUGAAGUUUAUAUGGAAGUUAUUGUAGGGGAAGAAGAAGCCACAUCCCUUCCAGACACCCAGCUUGAGGACUCUGGCGUGAAUAAAACGUUUGUCCCCGUUGCUUGGGCUGCAGCUUACGGAGAUGAAAGAAGGCUUCCCCGAAGAUACGAAGAUGGUCAAGCAGCAGGAAAUAACUUGGAUACACGAUUAGAAAACAAAAACGCUGUUAUAAUAGGUCCUGAUGGACAGCCCUUAACAGUUUACCCUUGUCAUAUUUGUGGGAAAAAAUUUAAAUCCAGAGGAUUCUUGAAAAGGCAUAUGAAGAACCAUCCCGAUCAUAUGAUCAAGAAGAAAUACCAGUGUACAGACUGUGACUUUACGACUAACAAAAAAGCCUUCGCCGACGAGAAGGAGCUGCAGCAGCACACCGAGCUCUUCCAAGGCCAUAAGACUCACCAGUGUCCCCACUGUGACCACAAGAGCACCAACUCCAGUGACCUGAAGCGACACAUCAUUUCAGUGCACACCAAGGAUUUUCCCCACAAGUGUGAGGUGUGUGAGAAAGGCUUCCACCGGCCCUCGGAGCUCAAGAAGCAUAGCGAGACCCAUAAAGGGAAAAAGAUCCACCAGUGUAGGCACUGUGACUUCAAAACCUCCGACCCUUUUGUGCUCAGUGGGCACAUCCUCUCCGUUCACACCAAGGACCUGCCUUUUAAAUGCAAAAGGUGUAAAAGGGGCUUCAGGCAGCAGAACGAACUGAAGAAGCACAUGAAGACCCACAGUGGCAGGAAGGUGUACCAGUGCCAGUACUGUGAGUACAGCACCACGGACGCGUCGGGCUUUAAGCGCCACGUCAUCUCCAUCCACACCAAAGACUACCCCCACAGGUGUGAGUACUGCAAAAAGGGAUUCCGCAGGCCCUCCGAGAAAAAUCAGCACAUAAUGAGGCACCACAAAGAGGCCAUAAUGUGAUAGGUGAGCUGCAGAAGGAAGCGGUGUAGAAACUGUGAUAUGCUAAUUGGGGAAAAAAAUAAAUCUCACGAACUGUUUCUCCUGGUUUCAAAGCUUGAUAUUAAACCAUAACUUUACAUUCUUUGUAUUAAAAGUCUUAAAAAAGUAUUAGGGUUGGCAGGGGAUCUCAUAGCCCUAUGAUUGUUGCUGAUCAGAACCUAAAGAGCACUAGAGAAUGCAGAGGAUGGAUGAAUGUCUUAAACUUGCAGAAAGAUGGAUGAAUGUCUCCAAGUGAACAGUAUUUGCCAUUGCUGAGUCUAGAGGACAGGGCAGAGCUGAUUGUGUGACCCAUUCUGUCAGUCCCAACGUGUGUCUCCAGUAUGGACACAGAUCCCUGGUGGGGUGAGCUACAGAGGGUUUGCAAAGGAGCCCCCUCUUCCCUUCUUGUGCAGUUUGGAACGGGGAGUUUUAGUCAGACACUUCAUCACAACGUUUUCAACUGUGCCUAGAAGUUGAAUUCCAGAACAGGUGAAAUUUGGGGGAGGUGUCCCUUGUUUGGUUUGGUUUGUUGUUUUUUUUUUUUCUUUAAACAUUUCAUAGGGAAACUUUUUGGUUUCCUUUAUUAGUUUAGGUCCAAGAAGCAUUUUUUUACUGGUUUUCAAAGCUGCUAACCUAUUUUAUUGCAGGAUAUGAUGUUUAAAAUAGAGCAUUAUGUUAUGGUCUCAGAGGUGGUGUUCUGGUGCUAGGGUUAAAGAUGUAUAUGUAUAUAUAAUUUCCCUUUUUUUACCUGAAACUACAGUUGAAUGUUGUUCAGUAUGGCACAUAUAACAAAAUUAACUUUGAAUUUGACUUUUUUUUUUUUUAAGGAUUAAAAAUGGAUGCAGCUCAUAGUGUUGUGACUCAACACUAAGUUUUUUCCUUGCUACUUUAAAGUGUUCUCUAAAAAGAAUAUUAAAAACAGUUGAAAACUGUAGGGUUUUUUUUAUUAAAAUUCAAAGUACUUAGAGGUUCUUUAGGGCAGUGUUCUUAACAGUUACUGUCCUACCUCCUAAUAUGAAAUUUUCCAUAUAGACAUAAAAUUGCACCUUUUAAUCGAUUCUUUUAAAAAAAGAUCUAUACCAUGCUAUAAACAUGCAUUUUCAAUCUGUAAGAAAGUAUAUAUGCAGUAUUUAACCAGAAAAAUUUGCUGCCACUAGAGUUUGGAGGUGGAUCUUGAGUUUACAGUGUAUACAUUUAAAAUAUGCAUCCCUUUAAAAAUGCUUUGUGUUAGCAUGCUGCAAAUCCAAUGGCGCUUAUAUAACGAGCUGGUCUAGGGCUAUUUAAUGAAAAACCUGGUCAUAAAUGUUAUGCAUAUAAUGUGUAUUUUUUACUUUUUUUAGUUGCUUCAUGUUUGCACACAGCUGUUCACAUGAGAAAUUGUAACUUCAUGCUAUAUUGUGGCUUUGUGUUCCAGAUAAUGUUCAUAUUUUGUUUUUGCACCAGAUGAGAAUCAGUUCCUUGAGAAUAAAUUUUUUUUAUAUUUCUAAACUUCAGAAAGUUAAAAUUUGGGAAAUCUCUUAGACAAAUAAGUGUUUUAUGUGGCUGUAAAAAAUGAUGUACACGCUGUAAAAUAAGAUUGUCACUGUUCUGUGGGAUUAUUAUUUCUAAAUGUGUUACUCAUCGUAACGGGCAUACAAUAAAAUGCAUCUCUUGCACUCCAGA